AUGAACGCCCUUUUCAACUUCCUCUCAUCACCGCUUAAACAGCCGGCCGAGAGACCACCACCCCCGACGAUGCCUCUUACCGCCUCGAAAUCGAAAACAUACUCUCCAAGAGAACGGCAGCGACUUAACAAACGCGCCUUGGAUCGCUACACGGAACCGGAAGGUCGCAGUCCCCGCUCUAGACUGAGUAACGUUUCUUCUGCACCGUCCGCGCACGACACCACUCCUGGCGACAUCUCCAUCGUCAGUCGAACCCGACGAAGUACCAUCACGAUGGCUCCACCAUCGGAAAAGAAAACGAAGCGCACUUCGACCUCUUCCGCACAAUCGUCGCCAGCUGCAAAACUCUCGGCGGCAGCGGUUUUGCGCGACGUUGAAGAACUCAUGGCAUCGCGAAGACGAUCUUCUAGGAAGGAGGCGUCUCCUGAACUCGGAUCUUCACCACCGCCCACUUUCGACACACCGCCUGCCGUUGCAGCCAGCAGAUCUACGCCUAGAAGUCGUUUGUCGCAGGUAUCGCGCCGCGCUUCGCACUCUUCGUCGUACGCAACUGCGACAUCGGCGAAGACCAACAGCAAACAAAAGCAGGUUGAAAAUGAUGAAGCGCAGCAAGAACAGCCAGAGCAACAGCAGGAGCAGGAAGAGCAAGUUGUCGAUCAGGACGAAGUAGAACAGAAUGGCGAGAAUGAGGAAGAGGACGAUGGCAAACAACAUGUUUUUAAGCGCAUCAUGGACCAUCGAUGGGACGGCGACAAGAUCCAACUUCGUGUCGAGUGGCAAGACGGUGAGCGCACCUGGACACCCGAAGAGAUUUUCCACGAAGACAACCUUCCAGCCCUCCUUGCAUACUGGCGCACUCGGAAAGACGGACGACCUAUGAAUCCCCGCGAUCCUGGUGUUUAUCAAGUCUUUGCUAUCCGAAAGCAUCGAACUCACCAGGGCGUGAAGCAGGUGUUUGUGGAAUGGGUCGGCUACGAUAAGAGCGAAUGGACCUGGGAGUCACAAGACGACAUGGAGUCAGCAGCCCCAGAGCAUAUCGAUGCAUACUUCGAGAAGAUUAAGAAUAAGAUCGACACUAAGAGCACAUCGAAGGGCACGUCAAAGGUUGUAGCAAAGAAGGGGACAGCUAAGAAGGUCACGAAGAGCCGGGCCAAGGCCAAUGCUACCACCAAGGAUCCCCUGACCAGGACUCGGGGUAGAUCGAGGGUUACCAAGUCGUAA